AUGUCGAGCUACGACAAGGUCGUCAAAGGCGCCACCAAGCCAAAGUCGGGGGGCAUCAAGCCAAAGUACAUCGACCCUAUCAUUGCUACCACCUUUGCCACGGAUGGCUCCCUCCAGGAUGUUUGCAGGGCGCUCGGCAACCGGCUGCGAGAGCCAAACGCCAACGUCGUGCUCAAGUCUCUUGUCAUUCUACACACCAUGAUCAGGAACGGCGAGGUCGACAACGUGCUCAGUCACCUCUCCUCCGACAACGGCAACAUUCGUCUGCGUAAUGUUUCUUCAGGCGGCUGGUCAAGCCACUCGGCGCCUCAGACCCUUUCCGUAUACGCACAAUACCUCGAUGAGCGCGUUCGCGCCUACCGCGACCUCAAACACGAUGUCAUUCGCUCCUCGGACCGUUCCCGUGCCCAUUCCAACGGAGCUAGCAACAGCAAUCGCCUGCGCAAGCUUUCAGUCGACAAGGGUCUGCUGCGCGAGGUCUCUUCGACACAGAAAGUCGCCAGCGUUCUCAUGCAGUGCUCCUUCUUCCUCGAUGAUCUUAACGACGAUCUCAUCAUGGCUGCAUUCCGCAUGACCCUCAAAGACCUUCUCGCCAUCUACACCGCCAUCAACGAAGGUGUCAUCAACAUCCUCGAGCACUAUUUCGAAAUGGCCAAGUCCGACGCCGAGCGUGCGCUCGAGCUCUACCGACGCUUCUGCCGUCAAACCGAAAAUGUGGUUGCCUUUCUCAACAGCGCCAAGAAGGCCUCUCACAGCCUCAACCUCGCCAUCCCUUCGCUCAAGCAUGCACCCGUCUCGCUUGCCGGUGCUCUCGAAGAGUACCUCAAAGAUCCCAACUUCGAACAGAACCGCAAAGAGUACAAGGAGAACAAGCGCAUCGCAGACGGGACUCCAUCCGCAUCCACCGCUCGACCCACUUCCACCAUCUCUGCCGCCGUACCCAAGAGCACUUCCGAGAAGAAGAUCACCAUUCAGGAACCCGAUAAGCCUGAGCGCAAGGUGAAACCUCCCACUGCCAAUCAGGACCUCCAGGACUUCUUCGCCAGCAUCGACAACGACGGCGGUCAGAACAUCUUUUCCAACGUACCAGCAGAGCAGAGCUUCUUCCUCCAGGCUCAGCCCACCGGUAUGAUGGGCAUGAACGGCGGCGGAGGAUUCGGCGGCAUGGGCAUGGGUAUGGGCAUGGGCGGUCUGCAGCCGCAGAUGACCGGUUACAAUCCCUUCAUGGCGCAGCAGCAGACUGGCAUGCAGAUGCCCAUGCAGCAGCAGAUGACCGGCUUUGGCGGCAUGCAACCUCAGAUGACGGGCUUCGUGCAGCCACAAGCUACCGGCUUCAACCCUUUCCGGCCGUCGGUCAUGCCGCAGCCCACUGGGUUCGGUGGUCCAUUCGGCGCUUUUGAUGGUCAGUCAAGUAUGUUCAACCAGCAGCAGCCACAACAACAACAACAACAACAGCAGCAGCAGCAGCAGCAAUCGGACCAGGCUUUCCAGAGUCUUCAACCUCAGCACACCGCCACUCCUUCGCAGCCCCAACCCCCAUCGCAAAGGGGCUCGAACAAUGCCUUCGGCCAAGCAGCAAACCAGCAAUCGUCGGCUCUGCCGUCGUUCAACUCUGCAUUCCAGACCCAGACCAACGGUCAAAACGGGCCAUCCCAGUCCGCGAGCCCAGCCAAGCCGCUUCUGCCGCAGAAGACCGGCUCCCGCAAUCCUUUCGCGCCUCCGCCUGGCUCUACCCCUCCGCCAGCCUCACCUCCCGCACCUCGCGGUCCUUCGCUGAAUCAACUCGCUAUGAGCGCGUUCGGUCAGCCCAAUGGCGGUCACUAUGGCCUCGGCGCCAGUGCGUGGGAUGGCAGCGAUCCCACUGGCAGAAACAACCAUCAACAGCAGCAGCAGCAGCAGCAGCAAACCCCGAAUGGAUCGGGUCUGCUCGCACCUCAGAAGACAGGACUCAUCGGCAGCAUCGCUUCCGAAUUCGCCUUCCAGAAUCAAAAUACAUCGAACAAGGCCUCUGCAGGAUCAGCUCUCGGCGGCAAUAGCACUCCAGGUGCGGUAUCGACGCCGACGGGUCAACCUAGUGACUUGUCGUCGCAGCUGGGCAGCAUGUCGUUUGGAGGGAGUGCGUCUUCAUCGGUGCCUCAGCAACAGCAGCAAGCGUUGCAGCCGCAAGCGACCGGAUUUGGCGGGAGCGCGAUCCGACCUUUCAAGCCAGAAUCGUCGUUCGGCGCUAGUCUCGCCGGCAACCCUCAGUUUGGCAGUACCGCGGUUAGCAGUCCAGGAGGAGGUGGGAUUGCGCCUCAGAUGACAGGCAACCCAUUUGCGCGCAUGGCGAGCCCUCAACCUCAGCAACAGCAGCAGCAGCAGCCGCCUUUGCAGCAAUCUUUCACCGGCAUGGGAGCGUUCAACAGCGGCAACUUUGGUAGCUCGACGAGCGGGGUUCCUGCGAGCAGUUCUGGUGGUGCGUUGAGUGCGUUCAAUUCCGCAUUCGGUGGUGCGACAAGUCAACAGCCUCAGCAGACUGGGACUGCUCAGUUUGGUGGAGGCAGCGCGUUCGGUUCGACCAAUGCGUUCGGCGGUCAACAGCAGCAGCAGCAGACGGCGCAGCUGCAGCCCCAACCAACAGGCUUCGGAGGAUCGGCGAUCAAGCCCUUCCAGCCAUCGUCGGACUUUGGCAAGAGCAUCAGGGAUAGUGAGCAGCCGAAUCUGCUGCAAUUCUGA